GAAGUGGGCUAAAAAUAACGAGGGCUUCACACUGAACAGUCGCAUUCGAAGCGUAGCUCUCGUGCAAGGCAUUUCACGUGUACUCUCUUCGUGAACACCCUCUCUAUACAAGUUAUACCACUACGGUGCUCAAAUAAUGUACAAGUCCACGUCUGAUAUGAUGGAGCAGACGGAGUUGAAGCCGAAUAUCAGCGUUGCUGCUAUGGCUAGCCCAACGCAGUCGAUCAGCCAGGUACACCAUGGCCAGCCUGGUACACCCGUAAGCAUGGUGGGCACACCCGGAACUCCAGGCAGUGGCGGUAAGAACAUUCCGAACGAUAGAGUAAAGCGGCCCAUGAACGCCUUCAUGGUCUGGUCAAGAGGACAACGCCGUAAGAUGGCCCAGGAGAACCCCAAGAUGCACAAUUCCGAGAUCAGCAAACGUCUCGGUGCCGAGUGGAAGUUGUUGUCCGACGAGCAGAAGCGACCGUUCAUCGACGAGGCCAAGCGAUUGAGAGCCGUCCACAUGAAGGAGCACCCCGACUACAAAUACCGGCCAAGACGCAAGACGAAGACCCUGAUGAAGAAGGACAAGUAUGCUCUCCCCGGAAUGAUCUCCCCGGGACAAGGCCCACCAGGCAUGCAGAGACAAGUACCAGACGGCAUGCAGGGGUACCACCAUUUGAACGGUUAUAUGAACGGUGGCUACCCGAUGAUGCAGCAUGAACAGCUCCAACAUUUACAAGCCCACAGUUUCGGCGGUUCACAAAUGGCCGGGAACGCUGGGCUUCACCCCCGAUACGAGAUGCCCGGUCAACCCAUCUACCAACCCAUGACCUGCGCACCAACAGGGUCCUACCUGAACUCGGCAAGUUACUCCACACCGGCGUAUGCCCAAAUGCAACAGCAGUCCUCAAAAUCCGAGCAAGGGUCGGACCGUGCAGCAGCCAUAUCCGCCGCCCGGAACAUCUCGAGCGAUUCCCUACGCGACAUGAUCUCAAUGUACCUCCCAGACGGUAACGAUCCGAACGCCCAAAGACAUGCGGCAAUACAAGCGUACCAACAGAGUGUGUCCAGUGCCGGAGUCAACGGAACAGUUCCUCUCACACAUAUGUAAGAUGAAGACUAAAAACUUUUAAACUGUUUUGUGAUACAGGUAGUGAACGAGGCACACGCCAUUUUUGAUGACACUAGAACUUUGGACUAGCGUUGUUGCUAUCGUUGCACGCAGACAUUUUGAGGCCACAGUUUGGGAGUCUUCCCGCCCAAUUUUUCUGUACGCAAACAUGUACAUUAUUUUGUGACUUGUUUAUUAUACACGGGAUCAAAAUGGUUCAUAGACGUGUGUUAUUUUAUACAUAAUGUUAACACGAGAAGUAACCCAUUAACUUUACUGUACCUUGAGUUGUUUUUGAGUUUUGGAAUUUUUUUAAUGCCUCCGUUUUAGGCCACUUUGUGUGUAUAUUUUGGCAACCACUUUAUUGACUAAACAGCGUGAAACAUUUUACAAAUGGCGGAAUUACUUACCUACGCAAAAGUUUGGUUUGUUUAAAAAUUUAAAUUGCUGUUUUCAGUAGUGUGAGAUGUUGUCUCGAGAAGAGAGAAAACAACUACAAAAUGCUACUAAAAACUUUCAAAAGCCUCUGAAGGUUUGUCACUAUAUAAUUUUUCCAGAGACUUUUUGUUAAAACUUUGUAAUUGUCUGAAUCAUGUUGUAUGAGGGUAUAAACCUUAAAAAAAAAGAUAUUUUUGUAUAUAUUUGCACUGUUGUAACUUGUUAAAUAUUUUUGCAAUUUCUGAGACGCAGUCUCGUUUUGUUGAAAAUGAGGCCCUGCACCAAAAAGGUUAUAAUGGCAAAACAAGAAAAGGAAAAUUACUUACGAGUUAAAAAAAAAAAAGGGUAAAGCUGUUUGUAUUGAAUUAUCCGGAAAAUUCGUUUUGGCCGCUGGGAAUUCCCCCUUCCUUUUGGGCCGUUGAGCUUCAAGUUUUCGUUUUCAAUGUAUCCAUUAUUUGUAUUUAUGGGCAUAAGAAUUGCCAUUUAUACUGAUUUCAAUGCUGUAUAGGGUAUCCCCAUGCUAUUGUGUAAGGCUUGUGUUGAGUGCCCAUUCAUUGCGCCCGGCGCUCAAAAUAUUGUUUCAUCGUUAAAGAACUAUGGACUGUGUAGGGACAAUGGCGUAGUUUUUCCAAUAAUGGCGCGUUUGACAAUGGAAACAAUGCAGUAUUUAGACGAGGGAACCCCCUUGCCUUGUUGGGUCUGACUUCACUUAAAAUCUCGCUCAAAGUACAUCAUCGUAAAUUGAGUUGAAUUGAUCGAACAUGGUUAGAAGGUUUUUGAUGUAUAUGGUGCUUGGCUCCUUACCUUCAGCGGUGCACUAAACAAGUAAUUUAGUUUGUAGUUUUUAAAGAAAUAUACUUUGGGUGUUUUUUAAGGGAUUGCUUGCCACUUUGUUUUUCUCUCCAUUUAUUUCUUUGACUGACGCUAUAAGAAGAAAAAAUACGGGAUAGUAAUUUUUAUCGGGAAAUCUAGCUAGCUAGUUUAUCUUUACAUGUUACUAACACAUUUUCAAUUAAUCUUUCUGAAAUUUGAUUUUCAAAAGUUCUACUUUCAAAUGACUACAUUUUGUCUUAAGGAAAUAAACGGGCUGUGUGCCAUUGUAUGUCAGGGUAAACUUGCUUUUCUUGUCUAUUAUUUUCUCAAUUAAAUUUUUACUUUCAGUUUUCAAAACAGUAGUUUAUAAUACAACUUGUCUUAAAAAUUUGAUCUUUUGUAGUUGCAGUUUUAACAACUUUAUAUAUUUAUCAAACUUUCAGAUAAAUUCAUGUAGAGUUAAUUUGUUAAAUCUUACCUUAUGGAAACAGAACAAGAAAUGUUUGAAAUGAUGCUCUUGUAAAAAUUAUGCAAUUGCGUUUCGGCUUGGGUUUUUGGAAAGAACUUGGGAUAUUCUCACUAUAUCUGAAACUUUUUAAAAACAAUACGUUCAAUUGAUUUUACACUAGUUGCGAUUUUUUUGGCAUUAAGCUGUUCAGGUUUUGGAAAACGUUGACAAUAAAUUGUUUACGGUUUAAAGAU